GGCAGUGCGCAUGCGCACCGGCUGCCGCUCGCUUUCCUACAGGACCUGCGCUUGCUUUCCUGCAGGAACGAGUUUUCCUUCUUCCGGCGCGCUGCGGGGUCCGGAAGUGCUUUUGGGGCUUUUGGGGAGCUGCGGGCUUGGCCCUGGCGCCGGGUCUUUCUCCGUCCGCAGCCGAGGCGUGGGCGCUGCGGGCCGGGGCCCCGGGAGCCGGCGAUGAUGGCGGAGCAGCGGGUGGAGGUGGACGGCAGCAUCAUGGAAGGGGGCGGCCAGAUCCUCAGGGUGUCCACCGCCCUGAGCUGCCUCCUCGGCCUCCCCCUGCGGGUGCAGAAGAUCCGCGCGGGCCGCAGCACGCCUGGCCUCAGGCCUCAGCAUUUAUCUGGACUGGAAAUGGUUCGAGAUUUGUGUGAUGGGCAACUGGAGGGAGCAGAAAUUGGUUCAACAGAAAUAACCUUUACACCAGAGAAGAUCAGAGGUGGAAUCCAUACAGCAGACACCAAGACAGCAGGGAGUGUGUGCCUCUUGAUGCAGGUUUCAAUGCCCUGUGUUCUCUUUGCUGCUUCUCCAUCGGAACUUCGUUUGAAAGGAGGAACGAACGCUGAAAUGGCACCGCAGAUUGAUUACACCAUGAUGGUCUUCAAGCCAAUUGUUGAAAAAUUUGGUCUCAAAUUUAAUUGUGACAUUAAGAUGAGGGGCUAUUACCCAAAAGGGGGUGGUGACGUGAUCGUCCGAAUAUCACCAGUUAAACGGUUGGACCCAAUAAAUUUGACUGAUCGUGGCUCUGUGACUAAGAUAUAUGGAAGAGCUUUUGUUGCUGGUGUUCUACCACUGAAGGUAGCCAAAGAUAUGGCGGCCGCAGCUGUGAGAUGCAUCAGAAAGGAGGUCAGGGAUCUGUAUGUCAAUAUCCAGCCUGUUCAGGAAUCCAGAGACCAAGCAUUUGGCAACGGAAGUGGAAUAAUCAUUGUUGCUGAGACAUCUACGGGCUGUUUGUUUGCUGGCUCAUCACUCGGCAAACGAGGUGUGAAUGCAGACAAGGUCGGAAUUGAAGCUGCUGAAAUGUUACUAGUGAAUCUUAGACAUGGUGGCACUGUGGACGAGUAUCUACAAGACCAGCUGAUCAUUUUCAUGGCAUUAGCCAAUGGCGUUUCCAGAAUAAAGACAGGACCGGUCACACUCCACACACAGACUGCUAUACACUUUGCUGAACACCUAGCAAAGGCUAAAUUUACUGUGAAGAAAUCAGAAGAUGAAGAAGACGCGUCCAAAGACACUUACAUCAUUGAGUGUGAAGGAAUUGGGAUGGCAAACCCACAUCUGUAGGGUGUCUACUUUCAGCGGUGCCUCAUUGUUGUACUGUGCUAACUCAUCUCACACACCAUGGUGAAUAGAGAGUAACGUAUUAAAGCACUUGGCUAAAUUCGGAGAUGAGGUGUGCUACUCUAGAUUUGCCGAGAAUGCUUCAUUGGCUAACUUCACCUUCAGUAGCUCCCGAGAUAUGGACAGUGAAAUAUAAAACCUGAUGGAUGUGUGGUACUUGAUUUCAAAAUUAAAAGUAUUGAAAUAAAAUGUU